GCCUGUCCGCGACCGGUGGACCAUGGAGGCUCCAAGUUCCUUCGCACCGGCCUGGUACCUCCGAUCGCUGCCCAAGACGCCAGGGGGCGAUUUGAAGCUGUGGCUCUGUGAGUUCUGGCUACUACUGCUGGCUUCUGGCCCGAGCGAGACUUUUUUGCCGCACGAGGAGGACGUGAGCUUCAUCAACGAGUACGUGAACCUGCACAAUGAGCUCCGAGGCAACGCCCUGCCCCGAGGGGCUAACUUGCGCUUCAUGACGUGGGAUGUAGCUUUGUCACGGACCGCUAGAGCGUGGGGGAAAAAGUGUGUGUUUGAACACAACAUUUAUUUGGAAGAACUACAAAUGGUCCAUCCUACAUUUAAUGGCAUUGGUGAAAACAUGUGGGUCGGCCCUGAGAAUAAAUUUACUGCAAGCAUUGCUAUCAGAAGUUGGUAUGCAGAGAGGAAAAAGUACAAUUUUGAAAAUGGCAGUUGUUCCGGUAACUGUUCUAACUAUCUACAGCUUGUUUGGGACAAGUCUUACAAAAUUGGUUGUGCUGUUACUCCAUGUUCAAGAAUUGGACGUAUUCGAUAUGCAGCAAUUUUCAUAUGCAACUAUGCACCAGGAGCAACUCGGACAAGAAGGCCUUAUAAAUCGGGACAAGUUUGCACACAGUGUAACAUAGAGGACAGAUGCACAGAUUUUCUAUGCAGCAAUGCAGAUCGUGACCAAGCCAAAUAUUAUCCAUUUUGGUAUCCAAAAUGGGAAGUACCCCGGCCACUUGUGUGUGACACACUCUGCAUAUUUGUUUUUAUUUUGAGAACACUAUGUUUCAUACUAUGUGCCACAACUGUUAUGAUAAUACAGUAUCGUUUUCCAAAUAUAUUAUUGGAGGAACAGAUGGUAUUUACUCCUGAAGUAACAGAAAUAGAAGAAGAAAUGUUGGAGGUAAAGGAAGAGGAAAAGGAGGAGGAAGAGAAGGAGGAGGAGGAAGAGGAGGAGGAGGAGGAAGAAAAAGAGGAAGAAGAAAGGGAAGAGGAAGAAGAAAAGAAGGAAGAGGAGGAGGGGGAAGAUGAAGAUGAAGAUGAGGAUUAA